CACAGCCAGGCCCUGAAGCAUUGUCAUGCGCCGCUCUUUCAGGAUCAGCUGGGAAAACCGAAUUCCAACGUAAUUAUCCCCCGAUAUAAAGCCGUCACAGUAUACGUACUGGGAUGUACCUAGCGCCCGAAUGGCUGCUGUUCGGCGAGGCCAAGAGCCAAUGAGGCUAGAUGUAUCAGACGCACAAUUCUCCGACCUACCAUUCAUCUCUGCCCUAUUUCUCAUCCGCUUCGACGCCAAAACUGGCUAUGCGAUAAGCUGGAAGAGCGCCCUCCCUGGGAUUGACCUCGAUGGUGGCGUCGAAUACAAAAGCCUGCCAUCCGGUUUACAUACAGUGAAGGAGGACCUGAUUUAUUUCGUGCAUGGGAAGCAUGCUGGACUGAGCGCAUUUAUUAGCACAGAGGCAUCCGAGGAGUCGCGAAAUGCGCGUAUGAUAGCUGUAGGCGUGCUAGUUCCUUUGAGUUACGGCAGACUUGGGAGGAGUUGGAUGCAUGCGGAGAAUCUGAAGCAGUUAGCUGAAAAACUUGCCGUUGAAACUCCCGACUUGACUCUUCUGGAAGAAUACUGGGACACGCAUAAGUUGCAAGACGGCAAGGGCUCCGCGCAAUUCGACUCAAUCCUCGACUCGCCUUCAAGCUUGGUAUUCAAGCCUCUGCCAGGUCGACUUAUACAGCACGAGGGGCACUCGAGGACACGCUCGGCAUCGGAUGGGGCGGCAUUGAUACCUCCGGGACAGAGCUUAUCACUUUACCAUCCUGCUUGGAGUCUGACCACGCUGUUGGAUACGUUCGGGCCGCUUGUAUUUCCUAUUUAUCGGUCUGCGCUGCUGCGGAAGCGCAUCCUAAUUUCCUGCCAUGCGCCAGUUCAGGAAACCUGUGACUUCGUUUAUGACUUAUCUGUCCUUUCCAAUAUCCCCCUUGCGGUCUCAAACCUCAUCAGCACUAGAUCGCCGUCCCAGCGUUUACGUCCUUUGUUUUCUAUCGGUGUGCAUGAUAUACCCCUCUUAGAGGAGGAUCUUCUAGCGUCGACACAACCUGAGGCUGUUGCCGGCGAUGAUUCUGACGAAGAGGAAGAUCUGGGGCAGGGCUGGAUUGCCUGCACGACAGAUGGAAUUUUGUCCACAAAGGCAAAACUUUAUGAUGUGCUUGUCACCAUGCCUCUUGCGCAUUCUCAAGAUGCUGCGAAGAAAGUCUGGCCUGACGUCAAAUUCCCCAGUGGAAAUGGUGUUAAAGCCACUCAGCGAGACCUCCGCCGCUAUAGAAGUCUGAUGUGGGGUCUCUCCCGGGCCAAGGUCGAACCGCAGAAUCCUUCCCCGGAAAGAAAUGACAGCGGAGGGAGACUUCGUCGGUCAGAUACGAGCACAACUCUGGUGGAGUCCCUAGUGCCAGAAUCUCCCCUGUCGAGUCUUCCGGAUACAGAUGCCAUAGUUGAACCUGUAUCGUGGACGGCACUGGCCUAUACGGGCUUUAUAUGGUGGGCUUCAGCUGGCGAGCGAAGCAUCGCUCUCGACGAUGAAACGGACCUUGAUAACUCACUCCUUGAUGGGCUAUCACUUGAACCUCAAGCACCUCGGACGUCUAAGGGACGUACAUUUUCAGGCGCCAGCACAUUUUCUCAAAGCGCUGAUUCAAGUGCGAAGAAAGAACUUGCCAUUAUCGCGUACUUCCACCGGUUGACAACGCUUAUACUCAAUACACUGUCAGACAUUGUUGAUGCUGCUGAUUCGGAUGAUGACGAUAUUGCUCCUCUGCGGCUUGGCGCUAGUAGAGAUGAAUCCGAGGCACCUCCCAUAAUUAUCAGCAGAGCUGACAUGAAACGGAUGGGCCUCGACGAGUGGAGUGCUGAUGAUCGCAGCUUCGCAGAAGACAUGAUGAAAGCAUACUUUGACCGUAGCGCGAAGGUUGAGAGCCACAGCGUUGAUAUUUGUGGUGUCAAGAUUUGUUAACCAGUGGUACAAUUCAUUGAGGAGAGAUUAUAUUCUGUUGUAUAACACCCAUGAUAUUAUACAAUUCAGGGCUUCGUAGAGUAGGAGUUCUGGCGUGGAAGGGUCAUGAAAUAUUCUGGGUUGGAAGAGAUAGGAAGAAAAGAUGACUAGGAAUAGCUUUUACGGGCUUAAAAAUUAGCUACGGGUUUAUAUAUAAACAGAACAAAUCUACAAUUUUUUUUA